AUGCCUCCGAGAACGCAUGCUAGAGCAGGUGAGGUCGAAAGUUGGGGUGGCUGUGGUCGUAGCCGAGAGGCGCCGGUUGAGGAUGAGGUUAGCCAACAUGGGGAAAAUUCAAAUAGGAAUCCAAGGGAUGGGGCUGGACAUGCUCCUAGGGAAAAUGCGGAUAGUCGUGCGUUAUCGGCAAUGAUAGAGUUUAGCUGUAGGAAUCCACCAACAUUUGAUGGGUCGAGCAAUGACCCUCUUGUGGCCGAUCAUUGGCUAGCUCAGAUCCGAAAACUCUUUAGGGCUCUUAAGAUCAUGGAGGAUGACUUGCGAGUCAAUAUUGUGGCCGUCCAACUUACCAGAGAGGUGAAUGAGUGGUGGGAGUCAGUUUUGGAAUUGAGAAAGGACGCAAGGAGAGCAGCAAGGACCGCAGCUCAAGCAAAUGAGCUAGAUGUGGAGAACUUUACUUGGGCCGAGUUUGAGAUGCUCUUCGAGGAGCAAUAUUUUCCGGAAAUGAGUCGUGAUCAAUGGAGAGACAAGUUUGAAAAGCUAGAGCAAGGGGAUAUGGCCGUAUCGGAGUAUGCCUUAAAGUUUCAAUCCUUGUCCCGUUUCGCGCUGGAGUUAGUGGCUAUUGAAGAAAAGAAGUGUAGACAGUUCAAAAUGGGCUUGCCUGACACCGUGAAGAAGUUUGUUUUGGCACGACGCAAAGGAAAGUUUUUCGAAGUCGUUGAGUGUGCGAGGAGCAUCGAGAAACCGAAGGAGGCACCCAAAAAUCCUAAGGUUUGGGAACCGAGAAAACCAAUGGGGGGUAUGAGUUCUUCAUCGGGAAGUUUCGGUAGUUAA